AUGGUCCAGUACAGCAUUAGAAGCACGGACAACACCACCCAAAGCCGCCUAGCUCUAGUAACAGGGGCGAGUGGUGGCAUAGGCUCAUCUGUAGCCCAUGCUCUUGCCGCAGAGGGCUGCGAUGUCGCAUUACACUAUUCAUCAAGCCAGGCCAAAGCAGAUGCUCUAGCACAAGAGCUGCGUGAUAAGUAUCCAUCACAGCUCUUCGUCCCCUUCCAGGCCGACCUCUCCUCCAGAGAAUCGACCCGGAAUCUGGUGCCCAGCAUAUUCGCCAACGGCGAGGUCGCACAGAAGCACAAGGCCGUCUCGGUGCUCGUCGCCAAUGCCGGGCUCGGUCGCCGGAUCCGUGACCCGGCGGACAUUGGCGAGGAUGACUGGGACGAGAUGAUGGAAGUCAACGCCCGCAGCCAGUUCGUCGUGACAAAGGCCUGCUUGCCCGGCAUGCGCGCCCAGGGGUGGGGCCGUGUCGUUCUCGUGGGCAGCAUCGCGAGCCGCGGUGGGGGAAUCAACGGGUGCCACUAUGCCGCUACCAAGGGUGCUCUUUGCUCAAUGGGUCUUAAUUUGGCCACGUUCUUGGCACCGGAGGGUGUUACUGUGAAUAUUGUUCUGCCCGCCAUGAUUGGGGCCACUGGCAUGAUUGCCACUCCGAAAUCAACAACCUGGGAUAGUAAAGAUGACCUUGAAGAGUUGAGGUCCACAGAUCCGGGGCUGGCCAUUGCCGCCAGCGUCCCGGUCCACAGAUUAGGCGCUCCCGAGGAAGUGUCAAACGUUGUCGUAAUGUUUGUCAAGACUGGCUACCUUACUGGCCAAGAGCUGGUCCUCGCCGGCGGGUUGAAAUGA